GUCUAUUCUUUGUUACCCAUUCGUCACCACAUUUAAUUAUUUUUAGGGCAAAUAAUUCCUCCUAUUUCCUUCACUAUUUCCCUCUCUCUCUUUCGCUCUCCCUUCACGAAUCUUCAAAAUCAUAAUUCAUAUCUCCCUUUAUCGCUGUCUCAAAUGUCUCAGGUUGAUAAUAGAAAUUCUUCAGCUGCCAAGCGUGCUAGAACGGAUGGUAGUCGUAGGGAAGAUGAUUGGACAUGCCCUAGUUGUGGGAAUGUCAAUUUUUCAUUUAGGACUACUUGUAAUAUGCGCAAUUGCACUCAACCCAGGCCAGCUGAUCAUAAUUCUAAAUCUGCCGCCAAGCCUCUACAAGCCCCACAGAAUUAUUCAUCAUCUGCUCCUUACGUAGGUCCUGGUGCACCAUCUUCAAUGUAUAUGGGUGUACCACCUUAUGGGUCUUCCCUCUUCAAUGGUCCUUCUAUUCCUCCAUAUGAAGCUCCUUUUUCUGGAGGAUCAGCUUAUCAUUACAAUUAUGGCAAUCGUCUUCCCGGUGGCAGUCCCUUUCAGCCGUUGCAUAUGUCUGGACCACCCCCUUAUUCUAGUGGCUCUAUGAUUGGAAAUGGUAUCGGUGGGAUGUAUGGCAUGCCUCCUUUGAUGGACCGGUAUGGCUUGGGCUUGCCCAUGGGUCCCCCUCCAAUGGGACCAAGGCCAGGGUUUUUUCCAGAUGAUAAAUUACAGAAAAAGGGUGCUGAUGCUACACGUGAUAAUGAUUGGACAUGCCCUAAAUGUGGCAAUAUUAACUUCUCUUUUAGAACUGUCUGUAACAUGCGGAAGUGCAACACACCUAAGCCUGGACCUCAGGCUGCAAAACAAGAUAAAAAUUCAAAACAAAAAAUGCCUGAGGGAAGCUGGAAGUGUGAGAAAUGUAGCAAUAUUAACUAUCCUUUUAGGACAAAGUGCAACAGACAAAAUUGUGGGGCUGAAAAACCGGCUGAGUCAAAGAAGUCCCCCUCACCAACAGUAAAUGAAAGCGAUCAGUGAGUACUAGGACAUGUUUGAGGGUUGAGAAGGUCCAGAGUCGUCGUCCAGCGUUGCUCAGUAUGGGUGUCUGAAAGUCAGUCUUGUCGUCCUCAUGUUGCUGCGGUUGUCGAGUUACUCUACCUUCUCAUGAUCAGUGUCCAGUUGUAUUAAUGCUAUGGUAUUUCCGGUCUUUAUGGAUCAUAGAUGCAUCAUUGUGUCAGCCAUCUAAUCUGGAAAAUAUUUUAAUGUUGAUUCUGGUUUUAUCUGUUAGUUAGGUUUUGUACUUUGGAAUCAACUCAUUUAUUCUAGUGACAAUGUUACUAUGGACUUAGAUAUGUUGCUACACUUGCCAAGUGGGGAAAAAAAUACUACUGUUGGCUGCACAUUUCUGUUUUUUUCA